UCUUAUUGCCAAACAACCAUGAGCUCCCUAAGUCAUGAGUGUUCUUCCACUGAAGUGGAGGCUGCCGUCAACCGCCUGGUCAACCUGCAUCUGCGGGCCUCCUACACCUACCUCUCUCUCAGCUUCUAUUUGGACCGCCACAAUGUGCUCUGGAGGGCAUGGGCCACUUCUCGCACAAGUUGGCAGAGAAGAAGCACAAGGGUGCUGAGCAUCUCUUAAAGAUGCAAAACUAGCGCAGUGGCAGAUUCCCUUCUAGGACAUGCUGAAGACUUCCCAAGGUGAGUGGGGCAAAACUCAGGACACCAUGGAGGCCGCCAUGGCCUUGAAGAGGAACCUGAACCGGGCCUUGUGGGUCUGCAGGCUCUGGGUUCUACCUGCGCAGACCCUCAUCUCUGACUUCCUGGAAAACCACUUCCUGGAUGAGGAAAUGAAAUCAUAAAGAAGAUGGGCAACCACCUGACUGACCUCCACAGGCUGGCCAGCCCCAAGCUGGCUAUGAGCAUCAUGAACUCACUUGUGAAUGACAUGUUUGAGCGGCUGGCCUGCGAGGCCAUCCGACUGACUCAGUACUCAGGCCGAGCCACACUGACAUCCCGGGAAGUUCAGACAGCAGUGUGCCUGCUGCUGCCUGGAGAGCUGGCCAAGCACACUGUGUCUGAGGGCACCAAGGCUGUCACCAAGUACACCAGCUCCAAGUGACCCAGGGCCUAAGCUAAAUAAAGGGUGAACUGCUCUCAUGCACUGUGGUGAUUUCAAAAAUGGACAUGUGAAGGUGAGGUGUGAUUUGAGA